AUGUCUUUGCCUCAGUCGAGAUCAACCCCUGACUGCGACUGGGAAUCAGACUCAGAUUGCGAAUACAUAACCGUUCCACCACCUGCAUUUAUCGAAAAGUCGCGCACCGACGACAUUUUGGACCAGCCACAUCAGACACGUUUCUGUCGUGCCAUCCGCAAUAUCCUUUGCUCGGAAGUUGCAGAGACCACGUUUGCGCAGCUGGUAGACGGAUUACCUCUGAGAAGCGUUGCCAUCUCUACGGCAGGAUUACGUCUUGAUAUACCCGUCCAAGUUCUGGAAAGAUACCAAGGCAUACCAGCUGGCUCACGGGCGUCGAAGCUACCUUUUAUCGAAUUAGUUGCUGUCGCCAUCCACCGGAUUGCCGUCCUCAUCUACAAACAGGGGAGCUUUCACAAGGAGACGGGACUCCCGGUUGAAGAAAACCGUCUCUGCUUCGCCCCAACUGGGCCUGGUCGUCACUACCACCCGACGCCGUUCUGCCUGUAUGCCUAUGCCGACCCAGAGCAGUACCCGGAGGGCGUUGCCGAUGUCACCGGAUACUGGGCCGAGAACUCCAUUUUUGGCGGUGUCAUCGUCUUUAGCCGGGGUGAGAGUGGAAUUGAGUGCAAGGACGUAUGGCUGCACCCCUUCAGAAAAGGCGCGACCAGUCGCUACGAAAACUGCAUUCCAGAGCACAAUGUUUAUAGGGAUCGAUGGGAGCGCAAGAUGGUGUUUACUUGUCGCAGUAACUACGAAUUUGCGAAGGGAGGCACGUGCAUCGAUUCCGAUGAGUUUGACUUUUGA